AUGGCAAACAACAAAUCAAUAACAUCUGUUCAAACUAAUACACAACCUAAUACUAAAUAUGUAUCAAACUUCUCCAAGGAUACAGCUGAAAAUCAGCGACGUAUUAAUAUGCAAAGAAUGCAAAAUGUCCUCCUUAUUUGGUUGGACAAUAAUAUUAAUCAAAAUGAUGCUGAUUGUAAUAAUACAAUCAAACUAUUGAAGCAUGUGGUUAGCAACGUAAACACGUUUACAGAUGGUGAAGAAUGUGUGGACUUUAUUCAAACCAUUACCAACAACAAAAUAUGUAUGAUUGUGUCUGGUGAACUUGGAGAACAUAUUGUGCCUCAUGUGCAUGACAUGUUCCAAGUAGACACCAUUUUGAUUUUUUGUAACAAUCAAGAAUGGCAUAAACAAUGGGUCAAAGAAUGGCCUAAAAUAAAAGGAGUCUUCACACAUAUAACAUCAAUCUGUGAAGCUCUUAAACGAACUGUUCCUCAAUGUGAGCAAAAUGCCAUCUCAAUCAGCUUUGUGGCGCCAAACACGAAAUUCGAUCAAUUAGAUCCAUCAUUUAUGUAUACUCAGAUCUUGAAAGAGAUUCUAUUAACCAUCAACUUCGAAAAUAAACAUAUUAAAGAAUUUAUUACCUAUUGUCGUGAAACCUUUGCCGAAAAUGAGCAUGAUUUACAUAAUAUUGAAAAAUUGGAACGUGACUAUCAUAAUCAUAUACCUAUUUGGUGGUAUACUUAUGAAUGUUUUUUAUAUCGUACGCUCAAUUGUGCAUUAAGGUUAAUGGACGUUGAUAUUAUUCUUCGAAUGGGGUUCUUUAUGAAUGAUCUACAUCGUGAUAUUCAACGACUCCAUUCGGAACAAUUUCAUGGUGAACAAUCUAAUAAAACAUUUACAGUUUAUCGUGGACAAUGCCUUUCAAAAGAAGCAUUUACUGGAAUGACAAAAACUAAAUGUGGACUUCUUUCAUUUAAUAACUUUUUAUCGACUAGUAAAGAUCGUGAUGUUUCUCUUUUAUUUGCACUACAAGCUGCUACAAAUCCUGAUCUUGUUGGAAUUUUAUUUGUUAUAUCAAUUAAUCCUACUCAUUCAACAACUCCAUUUGCUUGUGUUAGCGAUGUUAGUCAUUUUCAUACGGAAGAUGAAGUUCUCUUUUCUAUGCAUACCAUUUUUCGAAUUGGAGAUAUUGAACCAAUGAAAGAAAACGAACAUGUUUAUGAAGUGAAUUUAACAUUGACUAAUGAUAACGAUCAAGAUCUUCGUACUCUAACCGAUCGCAUCCGACAAGAGACCUUUGCAGAUGAAAAAGGAUGGUACAGAUUGGGAUUCUUACUGAUUAAAAUGGGUCAGUACAAAAAGGCUCAAGAAGUUUAUGAAAUGUUACUUCAGCAACAUACGAAUGAAAGUGACAAGGCACCUAUUUAUCAUCAACUAGGUCGAAUCAAACUUAGUCAAGGAGAAUAUCAAGAAGCACUCUGUUACUAUGAAAAAGCCCUUGUAGUUCGGCAACAAUCACUUCCUCUCAAUCAUCCUGAUUUGGGAGAUUCCUAUAACAACAUCGGUGGUGUGUAUUACAGCAAGGGUGAUUAUCUAAAAGCACUUUCAUAUUAUGAAAAAGCCCUUGCAAUUCGACAACAAUCACUUCCUUCCAAUCAUCCUGAUUUAGGUGGUUCCUAUAACGAUAUUGGUAUUGUAUGUUACUGCAUGGGCAAUUAUUCAACAGCACUUUCUUAUCUUCAAAAAGCCCUUGCAAUUUGGCAACAAUCACUUCCUUCCAAUCACCCAUACUUGAGUACUUCCUAUAACAACAUCGGUAAUAUGUGUUACAGGAUGGGUGAUUAUUCAAAAGCACUUUCUUGUUAUGAAAAAGCCCUUGCAGUUUGGAAACAAUCACUUCCUCCCAAUCAUCAUGAUUUGGCUCUGCCCUACGACAACAUUGGUGAGGUGUAUAAUAGCAUGGGUGAUUAUUCACAAGCACUUUCUUAUUAUGAAAAAGCCCUUGGAAUUCGACGACAAUUACUUUCUUCCAAUCAUCCUGACUGCGCUAUGUCCUAUAAUUACAUCGGUGGGGCGUAUUCCAAAGUGGGUGAUUAUCCAAAAGCACUUUCUUAUUAUGAAAAAGCUCUUGCAAUUCGGCAGCAUUUACUUCCCUCUAAUCAUCCUGAUUUGGGUGAUUCCUGUUACAACAUUGGUUUGGUGUAUGAGAAUAUGGGCGAUUACUCAAAAGCUCAUUCAUUUUAUGAACGUGCUGUACAAAUUGGAGAACAAUCAUUACCAACAAAUCAUCCUGAUGUUCAAGGAUACAGAGAAAAUCUCGAAAACAUUAAAAAGAAAUUGUAA